AUGCCGCCAAAACCAUUUCCGACCCAUUUCCUGUGCAUCCCGCUCGUUACCGCGACCUCGCGGCACCAACUGGCGGCCAGUCUGGCAUCGUUUAGCGCCGAUGUCACGAGUCCGGACAGCUUUGCUGUGCCCGCUGGGGCCAUCAGACCCGUCGGCACCCUUCAUUUGACGCUGGGCGUUAUGAGCUUUCCCCGGAAUGAGGGUGUCGACAAGGCCGUUGAGCUGCUCCAGACACUGACUCCCGCAAAGAUGCUCUCCGAGGCUCGAGCCGCUACAAUGAGUAAUGCUGCUGCUGCUGCUGCUGCUAUCAAGGGCCAGGGAAAGGUAGUCGGAGGUCAAAAAGAUUCUCCUGCCCAGCCUCUGCUCUCGGUGACACUGAAGGGGUUGCAUUCGAUGCAGUCGGCCUCCAAGGCCUCGACGCUCUACUCGUCACCGGUGGACGCAGACGGCGCCCUACAGAGGUUCUGUGAAAAGCUCAAGGCGGCAUUCGAAGAGGCUGGGUUCAUGAUGAGCGACAAGAGGCCGCUCUUGCUACACGCAACGAUAGUAAACACCAUUUACAUCAAAGGCCGCCGCCAUCAGGGCGGUGGCAAGAAGCGAGAAAAGAUCACAAUCGAUGCUCGGGGCAUUUUAGAUCGGUAUGAGGACAACGUUUGGAUGGAGAAUGUGCCCAUUGAAAAGAUUGCAAUUUGCCGCAUGGGGGCCAAGGAGACAGAAGACGGACAGGACCAGGCCUAUGAGGUUGAGGCUGAAAUAGAUGUUGAUGGAACAACGUGA